UGAAGUCAAUCCGUCGAACAUAACCCGAGUUUUCAUGCACAUCGUGCAUGAAAAUAUAAAUCCGUAAAUAUUCACAUAACUUUAAAAAAAAUUUUUUUUAAGCUGAAAAUUUUUAUUCAAGUAUUUAAUAAUAUUGUUAAAAAGUAAAAAGGAAAGGCUCAUUUCCAUUAUAGAGUUCACCGAUAUCUAUUUAUUCGCGCAUGCGCGUAAAAAGUAAUCUGAUACAUAGCUGUCAACCCAAUCACAGAUGAUAUAAAAUAUAAGAAGAAGAAAAAUAGUAAUCAACAGUAAUAAAGCAAUAUAUAAAUGCAUUAGACGUAAAAUACAUGGCCUCUCUAAGUUCCUGACAUUAAAUAAAUAAUAACGAUAUAAUAGUUUUAAUAAUAUAUAUAUUACAACACAUACUAAAUUAAAUUAUGUAAAUUAUUGUCUUUAAAAAAUCGUUUGACAAAUAAGCUUGGCAAUAUAAACAUUCAAAGUAUUUAAUAACAAUAUUGUUAUUUAUUUAUGUGAUAUAAAAAGAGAACAUUUAUAUUCGCGCACAUAAUGGUGGCUCCUAAUACUAUGGUGAUGAGUGAAAAUUUAUUUAAACUGCAAUGUUUGAUUAAAACCACUGAGAUACAGUGUAGCAUACAGUGCAAACUUGGAAAAAGAUUAUUUCUUGCGCUGGCCACCAGCAAUGCCGAAAUUAUCCUUUACUUCAAAAAAGAACUUUCCUGUUUACCUGUCAUUAAGAGAAUACCUUGGUUUCAAGGGCCACAUAAACAAAUCGCUACAUUUUGCUUUGAUCCAAAUGGUAUUUGGUUAUUAGGUAUAACCUUGGACGGUUCGUUGUACAUACUGCCAGCUUUAACUCUAGUCGGUGAAAAUUAUUUCAUUGACAAAAGAUGGAAGACGGAUGACGCGACAUAUAUUCCUUUUGUGAAUCUUCAGCUCUCGCAUUUUAGACCAACUGCUAUCACAUGGUGGAAAGAUACGAAAAUAUCUAUUGACAUUGGUAUCAUAGGAACUGAAUGUGGAGCGAUUAUACUUGUCAAUCUGUCAAAUGGACAACAGAUGGGUACAACUUACAUUAAUGGAAGUAUAAGCAGUCUACAUAUUUGUCAAAAUGAAAACAAUGAGGCUGCAUUUCUUUUGAUAACUAGUAAAUUACAGCAACAAUGGCGUUUAUCCUUGGAACAAUACAUGCAUAAUCUUUUACACAAUCUUGAAAACAAAGAACUUCACUGUGGUGUAAAUUCAAAUGGUAUUAUUUAUGAUAACACGGAGGAGUCUGUUUCUAACAAGUCUAAACUACGAGAACUUAAACAGCUCUCUGUCGAGAAACUGGCCAUUUUCAAACAGAAAUUAAUUGAUACUAAAAAUCAAACAUUGGGAGAAAGUUCACAAUCCCAUGAUGCUUCAAAUAAAAAAGAAAAUCAUAAUGGGUUUGCUGUUAAUUCAGAGAUAUCAUCAGAGUCCAAAUUAAGUUUUACCAGCCUAGAACCAAUAUCUAAAGAUACUUUUCUAGCUUCACAAUGUGACAGAGAAGGCCGGCAAUUGUAUACAUGCUAUCAUCCUAGCACUCAUCAUGUCACAGUGCACGGUCCGAAUUUGGCUGUAGUGCCGUUAUCAAUGCACAAAGUAUUCGAGUCUUGCGAGACUGUUUUAUUGACGCACAGAUUCUUUUUCAUUACUGAUAUUAAUCAACAUGUGAUAUAUAUAAUAUCUGAUCAAUUGUCCGAGACUCAUGUAAAUAAAGACUGCAAAUUUAAUUCCGAGUCUAUUAUCGGAACAUUUUCUUUUAAGAGCAGUAAGGAAGUUAUACGUGCGGUUUACAAAGUAACAAAUUUUGAUAAUGUGAUACAGAGAAAAGUCUCUCAAGAGCUAGAGAAUAAAUGUACUUUACCAAAGAAUAUAAAGGAUAUUAAGAUUGAAAUACCUAAUUUAGAUACAUGUAUAAUUGUUACAAAUCGCUGUGUAUACGAAGUUAUUCUAAGAAAAUCACUUUUUUCCAUUUUCAUGGAGCUGAUAUUGAAGAAAAACGAGUUGCAGAAAGCAGGAAGAUUGGCAAUGAUUUUUGGGCUCAAUGGACAACAAUUGUUGGAAUAUGCUGGCGAUAUAUUUUUAUCAAACAAAGAAUUCCCACGUGCAGUAGCCUCUUAUAAAAUGUCUAGGUGUAAAUUAUUGAAGAGCGUGUUAAAGUUUGCGUCGAUUGGUCAUACCUCCGAAUUAUUAAGUUGUCUCACCCACUGCUUACUGACACCUGUCAUUACUGAGAUGCCCACUGCAACAAGGAUACAUUUAUCUAAUUUAUGCAUACUUGCCUUCAUCGAAAUGACAUUGAGGAUUUGGUCAGAACAAUCUAAAGCAAUUUACAAAGAAUUCUUGUACUUUUUAUCCACAAAUAUGUUUUACGACGAAUUGCUAGCUAUUAAUAUAGCUGGUCAAACUUAUUUAUGGGAAGUAUUACAUCAUUUAGCUACACAGAGAAGUUUGUACAGCCAAAUGUUAGAUAUCCUCAUGAAGACAGUACAAAUGUUUGGCAUAAACGACGUUUGUCCAAAAUCAUAUGGUUUACUUAUAUGUUUAAGCGAAUCUGAUCUGAUGCAAGCAAUGUUAUUGAAUCAUGAUUUAGCUAGAGCCCAUAUGUUGUUUGUACGCAGUAAUCUGCGAGAGUCUCAAAUUUUCGUGCUUCAGAGAUUAGUAACAUUGUAUGAUCCAACAAAUCCAGUAUUACGACCUAAACUGCUACAGUAUACAGCACGCCAUAAAAUGGUAUUGUGUAAUCUACGAUCUAGUCAAUGCGAUUUUAUAGAUGUUACGGAUAAUAUUGAUGAUACGCUUGUGGAAGAUAUAAUAGAAACGUUUAUAUUAAUUUUAUUGACUCUUAUACAUAAAAAACAAUUAUUAAAUUCUAAUUACAAAUCUACGCUUUUGUACGAUGUGCAAUUGCCAGAAAUGAGCAAGCAGGAAUACUCGGAAAUGGCGUUACAUAUUGAUUUUAAGAGAAGAUCACUGAGCGCUGGAUUUUCUCACGUUGCUCUUAUUAGAAACGGUAACAUCUACACUUGGGGAAGCUUGGUGCAAGGUUGUCUAGGAACUGGCUCUAGCGUCUUGCGGUACGGAGCACCUCAUGCCAUAUGUUUCUUCCGAAGUAUGGAGAUAGAAGUUUUCAGCGUAUCGUGCGGACAUUGCCACACCCUGGCGGUUACCAACAACGGGAUCUACGCCUGGGGAUCGAGUCAAUUUGGACAGCUGGGUCUCGGCAAGGUGCUGCAGUGUUCGAGUCCAGAAUUGAUCGUCUCACUGGCGCAGGAGAUUAUUGUCGACGCAGUGGCCGGGCAAUAUCACUCCGUGGCGCUUACCGCUGACGGCAGAGUAUUUACGUGGGGUUGGGGAGUCCACGGUCAAUUGGGCCACGGUAACACCGACGAAAAGAUCACGCCGUCCUUGGUCACGGCUCUGCUCGGCGUGGUUGUGCGCUGCAUCAGCGCCGGUUACGCGCACACCCUGGCAUUGUCCGUGGAUGGUGUCGUAUACGCCUUCGGAUCAAAUGUCCUUGGUCAAUUGGGAAUCGGUGGGAGUAACGCUAAGAGUUCUGUGCCGACGAAAGUAUCGUUGCCGGACGGAAUAACGCUUAUAAGUACCGGAUACUUUCAUAAUCUUGCUCUUAGCGAUACGAAUAAAUUAUACGUAUGGGGCGCGAGUCCUCAGGUUCUCAGAUUACAAGCGCAAGCGCAAAAGAAGACUCGUAUACUGGAGCAACAAGAGGAAAGAAAAAAUAAAACUUUGGAGGAAUCGGAGAAAAUAUCAAUCGGCGUUAUAAACUUGAACGAAGAAAUGAAAGAACCUUUGGAGGACAAUGUGCAAACUAUGGAGACGAAAACGAUCGCUUCUAGCGUAGAAACGCGAAAGAAACCAUCCGAAAACGCAGAUUUGAAAAACAUUGGUUUGAUAGACGAGAGUCAAACGCAUUUAAAGCCGUCUGUGGUCGAUACAAGUUUGAUAAAAGGACAGAUUACUCAAAUAUCAGUCGGCUGUCACCAUAAUGCAUUGAUAACGAAAGACGGUUCCUUAUACACAUGGGGCCGUAAUCUGGACGGUCAAUUAGGCAAUGGUACAAGAAAGGAAAUGCCGAUUCCAACACCCUUGUAUUAUAAUCCGGCUUCUAUUUUCGCACAAAUACCACCUAGACACAACGAUUUUAAGAGAACGCAAAAUCAACGAGACUCGGACAAUGGUGCCAAGUCGAGCGAUUCAUCGGCAAAUAAUAGAAAUGCAUCUGAGAACAAUGGAAAUGUUACCAGUGCAUCGAAAUCGGAAAAUAUCGGCCACAAUAAUAAGGAGAGAACCAAUCCUGUGAUUAAAACCAUUGGGAUCGCCUGUGGUUACGAUUAUACAGUUGCGAUACAACCAAGGGGUACAAUACUGGCCUGGGGCAAUAAUAGCAGAGCGCAGUUGGGUCGCAUCCCCGCGAGAGAGACACGCGAUGCCGACGACAAGCUCGUAUUGCUGAAAUCAUCGAAACGAGUAGUGCGACUUCCCAAUACGUUACACAUAGCGCUGGACGUUCCUAGUCAAGUACCUGGUAUUUCUACUCUGGAGAUCUCUUAUCAGUCUAACGACGUGUCCUGUUUCGCCGGACUCGUCCGUCCUUUGAGCGUCAUCGAAAAAUCACCUGGAGAAUUGACUCUUCAUUACAUCCUGGAACAUUUUUACGGUUUAUAUCGUUCCGCCAGUAUCAUGGACAAGUGUAUCGAAUUAGAAAAUUAUCAAGCUUGUUCCAAGAUAGCGGCAUUAGAGGGUGACAUUCUGACCGCUUUUACAUAUCAAUUGAAGGCGUUACAUAAAUUAAGUGCUCGCUCAUCUAUAAGUCAUUCAAUAUCAGAAACAAUUCCGUAUGAAUCCACAGCUAAGAUCAUCUCGCAAAAUGUGGACGCGACGAAGGAUAUUGCGUCCUGUCGAAGUAUCAAGAAGAAUACUGAAUUGUUCAAUAGACAGGCGGAGAAAAAUCUCAUGGAAUCCCUGGAGAACAGCGUCACACGAAGCUGGACGAAGAUUUCUACGAGUAGAUCGUUGAAUAAUUUGCAAGCGAUCGCGCAAGAACUGUAUACCUUUGAUUGCCAGGGUGGUUUAGAAGAAUUAUGUAUAACGCGAAGAAAGGAGGAAGAAUCACCUUCGAACGCGGGUCAGAUCUCUGACGUCGAGUCUAGCGCGAACGAAGACGAGCAACGCGAAUGGAUCGAAAAUCUUAUCUUCGACGAGAACGAUUCACAUAAAUCGCACGAAUCGCAUAAAAACAUUGCUCGUAACAACGCGCAAAAUUUUACACAAUCGAUCUGCGCGAAAACAAUGAUAAAUAGUGUUAAUAAUGACAGUCAGAUGAAUCAGUGCGACGCGUAUAAAGAGAACAUCGCGUUUUCUGACAAAGUGUCCUCGCGUACUCAGAGGAAUUACAUGAUCAAUGAGACCAUAAAGGCGCUAAAGUUUUACUUGAACAAUAUUGGUAACGAGGCGAACACCCUGAGAUGCGAAGUAUUGCGAUGUGCGAUUCAUUUUUGGAUCGAGCAUGAUUUACCUAUGCAAAGUUUGGAGAACGUAUUUCUCGAACACAUAUGUGUCAUUUACUAUCCGCUUGGAUUAUUAUUGUUUUGCCAAGAAGCGAUAGGAAGAUACCUGGAUGCAAACAAGUGCGAUAAAGGGGGCAAGAAUGAUUGGUGCAUGAAGGACUUAUUCUCGCUCAAAUUUUGUCUCCAAGUAUUAUCAAUGUUGAUGCAACAUGUAAAUGAAGACAAUACCAUGCCCGAAUACGUCAAAGUCUUCUCCUGUUUAAUGGCCGACAAUUAUGGGGCACCGUUAAACGGAUAUCCGGGCGCGAGUAGAAACAAUAGCUCACAACAAAUGAUGGAGGGAAUUAUUAGUACAGUGUCCUCUGAAAUGGAACACUCCAAACUAUUCGCACACAUCAAGGAUUCGGAUGCUGUGAAUCGUUUGCUCACGGUGGAAGAGGAUAAUAUGGUGUUUACUUGUGGACAUCAUUUUCCAAUCUCUAUAUACGAGACGGACGUUAUUCCAAGGAUGGAAACCGAAUUAUUAACGUCUCCAUUGCUAGUUCUUCCAUGCACAUCACAGUAUUUAGGAAACAUGUUAUCUGGCACGUCUAAGCCAGAAAUCCUGUGCCCGUUGUGUAUAGUCGAAGCAUUGAGAUUGACAGUGGAGAAAAAUUACAAAUGAAAGUAUCUCUCCGAAACAUAUGGGCGUAAAGUUCGAAAGAUAGUUUCUUCUCUCAGCAAUCUGACAACACACGCGCGGGUUCCGCUAGCAGAAUAUAUCAGAGUGUGAUCCUUCCGUUACGAAUGCACCUCUCGUUCUUCUUUUUCUUUCUGUAAAGAAUAAGAUUGUUCAGUUUAUUAACAUAUAUUAAUAAAUCAAGACAGAGAGUGACGUGACACAAAUAUAUUAAUAUAAAUUAAUUUAUGUAAAUAUAUAUGUGAUCAAAAUAAAAGAAAUAUCAAGAGACAUGGUAGUGUCUCUCACUAAAUUCAAAAUGUAACGAGUACAUUUAUUUGAUUAGUAUACAUGUAUGUUAACAGCGCCAUGUUUUUUUAAAUAAACAUUUUUUUAUAUUUAAA